AUGCGAAACAGUCGGGCUUCAGCCCAACACUAUGCUUACGGCACGGUAGCACAAAGACAGUUCCUCAUCUCUGUUGCCUGGCCUACGAAGUUGGUCAUGAUCAGGCCGGCCGAAGCAUCGAUACGCGACUCACCUACGAAUAAGAACCUCAGUCGCUCGCAAGAAGUUCAGAGAUUAUCAAUGAUGCAAUUUCACGAGGAGGCCCUUCAGUCUUUGCAGAUUCUCUGUCUGGAUCUGAGCGAUAUCAAAACUUUUACGACGCAAUUCACCGAGGACGGCAAAGAUGUUUCUGUCACUGUAAACGUCACAGCUCAGACCAUAGUUACAAAGGCUGGUCUGGCUCUCUCAGGUGUGACAGACUAUGAUGGGGACGUCGACACGGAUGCGUUAAAUCUUAUCAACUUCAACGGGUGUAGGGCGUGGCAGCCUCCUAUCAUCUAUUCGGGGUGGUAUCAAGCGUACAAGAUUAUGAAUCAAAACAAAGAUGGUGUCACUGAUUGGCUGCAUGUCCGAUGUGACGAUCCUGACAAAAAGUGCCCAUGUCCGGAUGGAUCAGAAACUUAUGCUUUGACCGUCAACAAAGACAAGGACUCUGGUAUCGCGAGAAUCAACUUUUGUCCUGCUUAUUUCACAAUGCCAACUCUGAACCAAGCACUCCUCCAUGGGAAAACCAAUCCACCAGAGCUUGCCCUUGAUUUGACUCAGUAUUCUAAAAAUCAAGACUGGGUUUCCAAAGCACGAUCAUAUGGCAGCAAUCAACACAUCACCGACAUGAACCUUCGAUUUCAGGACAUCGGCGGGCAGGCGUGGGAAUCGAAAGCAUACAAUCCCCUCAAGGCGAAAAUACUCGCCCGCUAUCCAUACAGAACCGGUGAAUGUGAGCGAACUCCCCUCACUCUCUUAAUGCAGCUGACGUCUAACUCCUCCGCAGAUGUAUGGCAGAACGCUGACAACAUGAACAUGUACGGACUUGCGAAAUAUGUGCAGAAACAGCUCGGCAACGUCUAUCCAGCCUUCCCCGCCGUCACAGAAGAGAACCUCAGAGCACCAUGGAAAGACGUAGUGCGGACUCAAGACGACGGCAAAGACGUCAAAUGGAACUCGAGCAACCCGGUAUUCAAAGCGCUGGAUGCGCGUAGUGGGGAUGGCGUGUCAGGAUGCAACGACGACCUUGACGGAGCACAAGUAGUCCUGACCAUGUCGGCCCUCAUGCCGGACACGUCCUAUCCCGCUGCGUAUCAGUCGCAGUUGAAAGCCUGGGCUUCAUCGCAAGGAACAUACGUGCCUCCAGCAUCCAUCACAUCCACAGUAGAGCGGGCGCAAACACCCACGGGGCUAUGGCCAGCAUGUCUACUAACCGCCUCGUAA